CGGCCCGCGGGCGGGAUGAGCGAGUUCCGCAUCCACCACGACGUGAGCGAGCUGCUGAGCCUGCUGCGGGUGCGGGGCGGCGAGGGCGCCGAGGCCUACACCGAGCUGCUGCAGAGGAACCGCGCGCCCUACCUCACGACCACCGCCUCCGCCCUCGCGGCCAAGGUGAAGAUCGCGGAGUUCUCUCGGACGCCGGAGGAUUUCCUGAACAAGUACGAUGAGCUGAAAUCGAAGAACACGCGGCACCUGGACCCCCUGGUGUACCUGCUUUCCAAGCUCACCGAGGACAAGGAAACCCUACAGUAUUUGCAGCAGAAUGCCAAAGAAAGGGCAGAGCAUGCUGUAAACUCCACUGCUAGCAGCAGCAACAGCAACCUCACUUUCCCCAUCCCUUCAACAACACCCAAAAUGACUGUUCAGGAGCUUGAGGAGUUGCGGAAGCAGCUGGGCACUGUGACGACCAGUUCUAGCACACAACAGCCUCUUGAACUUGUACGAAAAACACUCAGAGAAAAGCAGAGCAAAAAGAAUUCUGGCCAGCCCAUUCCAUCAUUUCCCACCUGGGUAUAUGAGAGACCUGCCCUCAUUGGAGAUUUUCUCACAACCUCCAGUUUAAGCACGGAUACAGCUAUGCCAAUAGGAACAUUACCAUUGGCAGCUCAAGAGCCUGCAGUAGUGGAGGACUUGCUGUACGUUUUGAUUGGGGUGGAUGGCAGAUAUAUCACCGCACAGCCGCUGGCGGGCAGAGAGAACCGGGCUUUUUUAGUGGAUCCUAAUUUGGAUAUGUCGGUCAAAGAGCUGGUCACCAGGAUCCUCCCUGUUGCUGCGAGUUAUUCCACAGUUACCAGGUUCAUAGAAGAGAAAUCUUCCUUUGAAUAUGGGCAGGUGAAUCAUGCUCUUGCGGCAGCCAUGAGGACCCUCAUUAAGGAGUACAUGAUCCUGAUCACCCAGCUAGAGCACCUCCAGCGACAAGGGCUUUUGUCCCUGCAGAAGCUCUGGUUUUACAUCCAGCCCACAAUGAGGACCAUGGAGAUCCUAGCCUCUCUCGCCACGUCUGUAGACAAAGGCGAGUGUAUGGGAGGAUCAACACUCAGCUUGCUCCAUGACAAAACCUUCAACUACACCGGGGACAGCCAGGCCCAAGAGCUGUGCCUCUACUUGACCAAGGCUGCCAGCGUCCCUUACUUCGAGAUUCUGGAGAAGUGGAUUUAUAGGGGCAUCAUCAACGAUCCCUAUAGUGAGUUCAUGGUGGAAGAGCAUGAACUACAAAAAGAAAAGAUCCAGGAGGACUACAAUGAUAAGUACUGGGACCAGAGAUACACUGUUGUUCAGGUCCAGAUCCCCUCCUUUCUCCAGAAGAUUGCAGACAAAAUCCUUAGCACAGGGAAGUAUUUAAAUGUUGUGCGGGAGUGCGGCCAUGACGUGACCUGCCCUUUGGCAAAAGAAGUUAUCUAUACUUUGAAGGAGCGUGAAUAUGUGGAGCAAAUAGAGAAGGCCUAUAAUUAUGCCAGCAAAGUCCUGCUCGAUUUCCUCAUGGAAGAAAAAGAACUUGUGGCCCGAUUAAGGUCCAUCAAGCAUUACUUCCUUAUGGACCAGGGUGAUUUCUACGUCCAUUUCAUGGACCUCACUGAAGAAGAACUGAAAAAACCAGUGGAUGACAUCAUUCCUACAAGACUGGAGGCUCUGCUUGAGUUAGCCUUGCGCAUGAGCACAGCUAACACAGACCCAUUCAAAGAUGACUUAAAGGUUGACUUGAUGCCCCAUGACCUCAUUACACAACUUUUGCGGGUUCUGGCCAUUGAAACAAAACAAGAAAAGGCCAUAAUCAGUGUUGACCCAACAGAACUUGCUCUCAGCGGCCUGGAAGCAUUUUCAUUUGAUUACAUCGUUAAGUGGCCGCUAUCACUCAUCAUCAACAGGAAAGCCUUAACACGGUACCAGAUGCUUUUCAGACACAUGUUUUACUGCAAGCAUGUGGAGCGACAGCUGUGCAACGUGUGGCUCAGCAGCAAAGCAGCCAAGCAGUACUCACUGCAUUCAUCAAAAUGGUUUGCUGGUGCUUUUACACUUCGUCAGAGAAUGCUCAAUUUUGUGCAGAAUAUUCAGUACUACAUGAUGUUUGAAGUGAUGGAGCCAACAUGGCAUAUCCUGGAGAAGAAUCUGAAGUCGGCCUCCAAUAUAGAUGAUGUCUUGAGUCACCACACAAGCUUCCUGGACAAUUGUCUGAAGGACUGCAUGCUCACCAAUCCGGAACUGCUGAAGAUCUUCUCCAAGAUGAUGUCUGUCUGUGUCAUGUUCACCAACUGCAUGCAGCGCUUCUCCCACAGCAUGAAGCUGGACAAUGAACUAGGCCGUCUAACCGUGGAGCAUGGGACCAUGCGGGGCCCGCCAACAGAGCAGGAGCGUGUAGAGGAAUCGACUCGGAAGCAGCUCGCAAACAAGCUUUUAGCUGAGCAUGCAGAUUCCUUGCAUGUAUCCUCUGGCUUCGAGGCAACUAUCAACAAGUUUGACAGCAAUUUCUCAGCACAUCUCCUGGACCUGCUGGACAAACUGAGCAUUUACAGCACCAAUGAUUGUGAGCACAGCAUGAUCAACAUUAUCUACAGAUUGGACUUCAAUGGCUUCUAUACGGAACGGCUGGAGCACCUGUCUGCAGAGCGGAGCCAGAAAGCGGUGUCUCACCCAGCCCCUCCCAGGAUCGCUGUCGCAGCUGCUCACUGAAGGAAGGGCACCGCACAGCCAGCACAGACCUGCAGCACACAGGCAUUGUGGCUGCUCCUGGGUUAACCUCUGUACGACACAAAACUGUGGAUUGUGUGGUUCUGUGUGUGAUACUUAAAAACAUUAAAGCUGUGUAGUCUAAAGCUACAUGGGCAGCUCAGUUCAGCUGAGAAACAGGGUAACUCCGGGGCAGGUAGUGUAUGGUGCUUAGAAUAACAGAGUGCCUUUAUUUCAAAAGUAUAAAGUGACAAAAGCCCUCAUGGGCCAGGAUUGUGGCCACAGACACAAUGGAAAGAGAACAUUACUGCCGCACCAGUCCUGAACCCCUAAGCAAUAUGGUCUUAGGAAAUGUAUGCGCUUAAAUCUAAAGUAUGCCAAAACUAUUUGGCAGUAAGUGUAUCAAUCUCCUCAGCAACCAAGGGAACAUCCCAGCAAAAGAACUUGAGGAGCCGUCUGUCCACCAUGGCUCAACAAAAUGCUUCUAAACUUGUAGAAGGGAGAAGUUUGUUUACAGGAUAUCUUUAAUUGCAAGGUAUUAGGCUGUAAUUCAUGCCUGAUAUAGAUUUUCCCCACUGAUGGUUGAAACACAUUUGGAAAAGUGCUUUAUAAAUGUACAUCUUCUCCAAAAAACUAUUUGUAAGGUGUAUAUAAAUGGCAUUAAAGUACUGCUAACCAAAAAAAUAA